AAACCACGGUCACAUAUCAAAGACAGCUGGUCCCUGGUGACUGCAAUCAAAGAUAUCAGCGUUCCUUCCGGGGAUCUGCUCGUAUCACUGGACGUGACAUCACUCUUCACUAACAUCCCGAAAGAACUUGUGAUUGGAGCUAUUAAAAAAUGUUUUAAGUUUGACGGACAGUUCUACGAGCAGAUCUUCGGAAGCCCUAUGGAGUCUCAUUUGUCACCUAUUCUGGCAGACAUGGUUAUGGAAGACCUGGAGACAGUUCGUUUGCAGAAACUCGGAUUUGAUGUGCCCAUAUUCUACAGAUACGUGGAUGACAUUCUUACUGUUCUACCUAAGACCAAGAUUGACUUUGUUCUCUCCAUAUUCAACAAUUACCAUCCACGAUUGAGAUUCACUUUUGAAACCGAAUCACAUAACUCCAUCCCGUUUCUUGACGUGACACUUAUUAAAGACGAUAAUAACAAGAUCUUGACAAAUUGGUACCAAAAACCUACUUUCUCUGGACGAUACAUUAAUUAUUACUCUAGCCACCCACUUAAAUACAAAAUUAACACUAUUAUUAACUUAGUUGACCACGCAAUUUUACUCUCUGAUAAAAAAUACUGGAAACAAAAUAUCGAUCUUGUUAAGAAAAUUUAAAUUAAUAAUUCCUUCCCUAAUAAAAUAAUUAAUAAACACGUAAACAUCAGACUGAAUGAAUUAAAAAGACGAGAUACCACACUUUCUGACUGCAUCAACGCUACUAAUAAUAAGAAAAUCUUUCACUCUAAAACAAGCAUUAUCCUCCCCUAUAUUAAAGGACUGACAGACAAAAUUAGCACAAAUUUGAAAAAAAACAGGUUUGAAUACCAUCUACACAGUCCCCAAAAAAUUAGAAAAAAUUAUCAAAAGAGGCAAAGAUCAAGUAAAUUGAAACAAAAACUGAAGUCAUCUACCGUAUUAAUUGUAACGACUGUGAAGCCUCUUACAUUAGGCAAACCAAACGACACCUUCUGACCAGAAUCAAAGAACAUAAAAAUGACAGAAAAAAGGACGAAAACUGCCAAUCCGUAGUCAGCAAACACCGUGCACCACAUGAUCACGAGUUUAAUUGGUCGGAACCAAAAAUAUUACAUUGCGAACGCUUUAGAAGAAAAAGAGAAAUCACCGAAAUGUUCUUUAUUAAAAAGAUCGAUAACACGAUUAAUUCACAAACAGACACUGAAAACCUAAAUGUCAUGUAUGAUUAUGUAAUCAAGACUGUUUAGUUCGCUUCACCUUGUAUUGUUCUUAAAACAUGACUAACAAAUUAGUUCGAGCCCAACCACCACAGUGCUCAAACGUAUACAUAUAUACUGGUCAAAAAAAUUAA